AUGGCAGAAAGAUUUUCCCAAAUAGCUUUACAUGUUUCAUAUGUAUUACCAACCAAUGUUGAUGAGCUAAAAAAAAAGUGGCGAGGAUUACGAGACACUUUCGGGAAAGAACUUAAAAAAGUCAACAGCAAAAAAUCGGGUCAAGCAGCUGUUUCAAAAACUGACUCCAGAUGGCCUUAUUUUAAGAAUCUGUUGUUUCUUCGAGGUACAAUGUCUCGAAGGGAUCUUAAAAGUAGCGUUUCCGAUAACAGUGACAUAUCUGAUGAGGAGGUAUUGACACAAACAAGUACAAGUUCAAACUAUACGGCUUCGUCAUCCCACUGUCAAUCGCCGGAAGUAAAUGACGAUCAAACUCCAAAGAAAACAUUUAAAUCUCCAUUAAAAAAAAAAAUUAAAAGGAGUCAGCCAGAUGAUAUUGAUACAAGACUAUUGCAAAUUGAAGAAGAGAAGUUAAAAUGCUUUCAAAAAAGUGCUGAUGCUCAGUUUCUAAUGAGCCUUCUACCAUUUUUAAAAGAUAUCCCUAAACAUCGUAAACUAAUGGUACGAGCAAAAUUACAGCAAGUUCUUAUGGAUGAACAACAUUCUAUAACAUCGGUGGGAUUAUAUGAUAAUUCUAGGGAUUCGAGUCAAUACAGUGUUUUUCAAUAA